GUUUGCUACGGCACCAUAGGGCUGGCUGGUACUACGCUCGUUUAUCCAUUGUCAGGGACGCAUUAUCUAGAAGAGAAUGGAUUGAAUUAUUUGCUGGCUAUGUUCGGUUCACCAUCUGACUUGUUUGAUGAUUGUCAAGGAAAGGCAAACAGGGUUACAGCUCUAAAACUUGCCCUUUCUGGUUAUCUUAAUUGAUCAACACAGUGACGAUUCGAAAUCCCCGCAUCCGCAUCCGCAGCAAACAACCAGCAGUAACACGAUACUCAGUCACGCACGGGGUUCAUCGUCCUGAUCGAUCGUUUUUACUUUCAUUGUCUACAUAAAUACGCUGCUUGCGAAAGUCCCCCCUGCCGAAUUAAAGACCGAGUGCCCCGAUUUCCUUAAUUGAGCUUGACCAAAUCUCAAGGUUGCCCAUUAUGUCCGAUAUCACCCCACCCGACCCGAUUGACGAGGAGUCCCCGGUCGUGACGCCACUUGAAGGCCGUCCGAAGGAGAAGCGCCGACAACGAUUACUUCGAGGUGUCCAGCGAAUGUCUUCUUCUCCCUCGCUACAACAAAUCGGUCGCUCUCGAUCUUCCAGCUCGCCGUAUAGCACUCGAGGGAGUUUGUCAUGUGUUAGUCUCGCACCGACACCCUCGUUUGGCCAAUACCAGUCUGGUAGUGUUACUCCUGGGUAUUUCUCGAAUGGGCAGUCUUCUGUUCCUGGCACCUCACUUACUGAAUUCCCUGCGUUCGAGGGAAUUGAAACUCGGAUAGCACGUAAAGUCGGCAAUGUCUCCACGACACAUCUAAACCCAACUACCUCCUCCUUACCAGCUGAGGUCACAACUGGAAGGUCUAGGUCGGGUACGGCCCGAAAGCUGCCUUUUGAAUUCUGGGCGAGGAUGCCUGACGAAAUGCGUGUCCAUAUCAUGUCGUAUCUCCGACCGAAAGAACUUGUCCGUAUCUCGCGUGUGAGCAAAGACUUCCACAGGUUUUGUUUCGAUGGCCAAUUGUGGACCCAUUUCGAUGCUACAGAGUUCUACAUGGACAUACCUGCGGAAGCUCUCGCCAAGAUCAUACUCUCGGCCGGUCCUUUCGUAAAAGAUCUUAAUAUCCGAGGAUGUCUCCAAAUCGAGCAGUCUAAGCGGGCUGAGGUUAUUGUUAGUUCCUGCAGGAACCUAAUCAAUGCGACCCUGGAAGGCUGCCGAAAUUUCCAGCGGACCACUCUACACGGCUUGAUUCGAAGCAACGAAAAACUUGCCAACUUGAACCUCACAAGUAUGACCGCGGUGACGAAUAGUACGUGCAAAAUUAUUGCGCAACAUUGCUCACAGCUCGAGACAUUGAACGUCUCAUGGUGUAAGCACAUGGAUGCUCGAGGGGUCAGGAUGGUUGUCAAUGGAUGCCCAAGGCUACGAGAAUUAAGGGCUGGAGAAGUCAAAGGGUUCGCCGAUGUCCGAGUCGCGGAGGCUAUUUUCUCGACCAAUAAUUUGGAGCGACUGGUAUUGAGUGGCUGUGCGGACCUUGACGAUGAAGCUUUCAAGACUAUGAUCCACGGUAGCAACCCGGUGAUCGAUAUCUUGACCGAUCGACCGAUAGUUCCACCGAGAAAACUUCGACAUCUAGACCUUAGUCGAUGCUCGCAAUUGACAAGCCAGGGUGUAGGUGUAUUGGGUUAUCUCGUCCCUGACCUACAAGGAUUACAAUUGAGCGGGUGUUCAGCGUUGACUGAUGCGGCUCUCCAGCCCAUUCUUGCCUCGACUCCUCGUCUUACUCAUUUGGAGUUGGAGGAACUUUCGGAGUUGACUAAUGAUCUUCUGUCCGAACAUUUGGCGAAAGCGCCCUGCGCACCAAAGCUUGAGCAUCUUUCCGUGAGCUAUUGUGAGAGCAUUAGCGAUAUUGGCAUGUUGCCUGUCAUGAAGAACUGUGUUAGCCUUCAGAGUGUCGAUAUGGACAACACGCGAAUUGGCGAUUUGGUCCUCACAGAAGCCGCGGCUAUGGUUAGGUCUCGGUCAACUCGGACCUCGACGCGUAGCUCGCGUCCCCGGAUUGGACUCAAGCUGAUUGUGUAUGAUUGCCAACUGGUGACAUGGACUGGUAUUCGGGAGAUACUGUCAUGGAACGCCGAAGUCAGGCAGCGAACUGGAGGUGUGGCUACUUACCCCACCGAAAUCAUUGGGCUCAGGUGUUUCUACGGUUGGCAGCAGACCGUAGAACAGCAUACGCAGCGGGUAUUGAAGGGUGAUUUCGCCGCGGCGGCAAGACUAGAGAGGAAGUGGGCAGAUUAUAUGCAAGCCGUCGAGGAAGCAGGGGCAGGCGGUGCGGGCUCCCGACGACGAAGACGACGCGCUCGUGAAGCCCAGAUGGCCCACGCAGACGAGGAAGGAGGCGCUGGCGGUCGCCGUCGCGCACGGACUGUGGCGGCCUCCUGCGCUGUUAUGUGAUGACGAUGAUUUAACGGCGUAUCGGUGCAUCAUAAACAUACAUAUUACUGGCGAAGCUGUAUGCUCUGACUAUAUCGGUGGUUUUAUCUUCAUUUUAUCGGAGGUCCCUUUAGAUUUCACUUGCGGGCGCAUAGGAGUUAUUACAGGAGUUUCUGAUUGCUACCAGAAUAUGCAUCUUAUCUUUUUUUAAAGGAACGAGGGUUCCGUGGUGGUGUAUAUAUCACCGUUGGCUUUUUAUCUCACAAGAUGGUUUGAGCUGAGACUUUUGCUAUAUUCAUGGGCUACUACCUAUCUGCUAUUUAAGAGGCUACCCCUACAAUGUUGACUCUGAUUCGAGUCCGUCAUUACCGGUGAUUUACACCUUCUA